CAUACACCCCAAAGGCUCUUUUCAGAGCCAUUUUACACAGCGUCUUUGCCUUUGUACAAUUUUACUUCAUCCUCCACUCCCUCCAGAGUUGUUUCCUGGCAUCUCUUGUUUUAAGGCAAUGUUUAGCCCCACUCAUAUUCCAGAUCCUGUCGAGUUAACAGCUCCAACACAGGAAAGUCUAUACCUUAUAGUGGCCUUUGAUGAAGGAGCAAGUGGACCGGUUGCAAGGGAAUGGUUUACAGGCAAAUAUGAUGGAGGCAUGGCUUGGUGGCCUCCAUAUAAAGAUUCAUACAAAAUUCUUCAGAGUAUUUUAAAAAAGACAUCACCCAACCCAUCAAAAGGAUGGAAACAGUACUCUUGUAGAGUACUACAUGAGACAAACUGCUUUGAAAGUCUGAGUAAGAGGUGGGGCAUGUCCUGUCACACCUCUGAUCUGAAUACAGACAAGGAGGAGCUGCCAGUAGUUCGCCAGCGGAGAAAACCAUCACGACUUCGAUCACCAUCACCAUCACCAUCAUCCCCCGCAUCUUGCCCUUCAUCAGACACCCAAAAUGCACCACAAAAAUCACAGUCAAAGAGAAAGAAGAAGAAAACGCACACAACACCUUGUAAAAAAAACCCUCCUCCCCCUCCCCUCCUACCUAUGGCUGGAAACAACAUCAAAGCUGUGACAAACAGGGAGCGGCCUUCUCUAGCCCAUCCAAGUUCCAGUCAGAGGAGCAAGCCUAUGUCAGUAGGAAGAAAGCUGGCAAACCCUCCCACCCCUCGUUUAACUCCUCCAACCCAUUCCACAUCAUCAUAUAGUGAAGAGACCUCAGUUAAUAUUGAAGAAGAGGCGCCAGGACUGGAGGACUGGAGGACUGAAGGCAUUCCUGACUUGAUUACAUCAGUGAACGAGGACAUUCUUCUUACUGAAUUGACAACUGUUAAUUGGCAGCAGGAAGCCGAAAAUGAAGGGCUGGGAUUUCCUGAAUUGCCACAAGAUGAUUGCCAGCAAAACACACACAGUGAUGAAGGGAUGUGCUCUCCUGAAUUGUCUGUGAACACAAACAUGCCGCAGUGUCAUGAAACCCCUCUAUCCCGUCCAGGCAUUCCAAACAGGACCCCUCAAAUGUCUGUGAACACAAACAUGUCGCAGUGUCGUGAAACCCCUCUAUCCCGUCCAGGCUUUCCAAACAGGACCCCUCAAAUGUCUGUGAACACAAACAUGCCGCAGUGUCGUGAAACCCCUCUAUCCCGUCCAGGCAUUCCAAACAGGACCCCUCAAAUGUCUGCGAACACAAACAUGCCGCAGUGUCGUGAAACCCCUCUAUCCCGUCCAGGCUUUCCAAACAGGACCCCUCAAAGUCAAGGAUUUGCCAGAUCAACUCCUGCUGGAUGCACAGCUGUUGAAAGGCUCCUUUUGGAGCAGGUCGGAGAACUGCAGCUUAAAAUGGAUUACAUAAUCAAACUACUUCAAAAGAAUACUUCUGUACCUCAUGAAGAUUUUAAUUUGAACAUGCUGCCACUGCUUACACUGCAAGACCUGGAGAACUUUGAUGACCAACUUCGGGCCGAUAGCACCUUUAAGAAGAAAGUGAUAACUAAACUGUCAUUGUCUGGUGGCAAGAACUUAAAGGAAACAGUUUGGAGAGUUUGCACAAAAAUAUUUGAUCAGAAUCUUUCAACCCAGCUGAACUGGUGCGGUAGAGGUCAAAAGACAGGCCUUAAAUCACGGCCUAUUCAUCAGGUACUCCUGGGUGCUGUGUUAAGAAAUCAACCAAGUUCCACUGAGGCUGACAUAGAGAUGACCAUAAGGAACUGGCUGCGGCUGAGCAGAGACAGGAAUGGGGGGCGGCAAAGGCGGGGCGAGCAAGCAUCUUAAAUUAUAUAAUUGGAAUGAUUUUCUUUUAAACUGAUUUUUACUAUUUUAAUAUUUUUAAACUAUUUAACUGUUAAGGGAAUUUCUUAUUUUUGUUGUCCUUUUUUAUGUGUUAGUUGUGGAGUGUGAAAAUAAAUACCUCUUGCAAAAACAAAGUAAAAAAUAAAUUUCCAAGGUCAUCUCCUUGUGCCCAUCCUUUUUUGUUAUUUCUCCCAGAAAACUCAUGUAGCCUAAUUUGAAUUAUCAUCAAACUUUAUUUUAAAAUCACUGAUCCUUUUUUUUUCUGUUAGACUGACAUUUCCCAGGUUGUCAGAUUGUGUAUGAAAUACACCCUUUACAUAAACAAUCACUUUCAAUUUAAAACUUUUUGUCAUAAAACCUGGCAGCUCAAAAGGAAGCGUUGCAGACUGCACAGCCACGGACGGAGUUUCACAUGCAAGUGGGCUAGUUGCCUACUUUUCAACUACCUCUUGUCAAAUUGUUAGGGAAUACAUUUUAUGAUUAACAAAUCACAUAAAAUGUUAUUGAGUGUUGUUGAUGCACAUUAGGAAACAUGUGUCCACAAUCUGACAGCAGUUAGCCUGCAGGGGUCUCUUUGUGAGCAAGGGCUACCACAAUGGAUAAAACAAUCUGGAGGGCUACUUUAUUUUUUUCUACUCAAAGCUUUUUUGUUUUACUUAUUGAUUUUAUUUUACUUAUUGAUAUGUUUAGUAUUGUUUAGAAUGCUAACACAUUUAAACCAAGCCAAGCUAAUAUUAAAAAAAUUUAUGUAAUAAAUUAAUAUUACAAUUGAGUAUUAAUGUGCUGACACCAUAGAGACCACUGUCCUAAACAAAUCAAUUACAUAACGGUGGGAUCCUACUAGAGCGGCGAAAAGCAUUCAGAUGCCUGGUUCCCUUUGACUUAACACUGGAACAGCUGAUUUUCAAGCAUGUGGUGUUUCCAGCGAUGCAGCCGAAAAUCAGCUGUUCCAGUGUAGUCAAAGGGAACGAGGCUGAUGCUUUUCGUCAAUGGAAGAGCGAGGCGGAUCGCGCCGCAUAGGUCAUAAUAUUUAUGGCGGGUUUACGUUGGCUCAAGGUGGGCGAUCAUUCUAAAGCCACCAUCUUCCCGAUAUCUUGCCUAUUAGCUACCGAUCUCCAUGAGACAUCUCACCGAGGCACUUUAUGUCGGGCAAGUACAU